AAUUCCUACUCCGACCUCACGUUGGAUUUCCAAGCAGGAGCGAAACCAGAAAUACCGACCCGACCUUUCCUAAUAUAAAUACUCCUCCACCCUCUUCUUUCUUCUCAAACUGUGAUUCUAAACGCAACUGUUCUUGUCUGAUCUCGUCUUUCGUCUUUGAUUCUUCGUCUCUUAAGUUCUUCUCUUGUUUUCAAGUUCUCGUUAAUCAAAGUACAUGGUUGAUCUAGAAAUUCAGGUUCCUGCUGCUUUUGAUCCAUUCUCUGAGGCCAAGGAUUCAGGUGCGCCUGGGGCGAAAGAGUAUGUGCAUAUUCGCAUUCAACAAAGGAAUGGAAGGAAGAGCCUGACUACAGUUCAAGGGCUGCCUAAAGAGUUCAGCUACGAAAAGAUCGUCAAGGCUCUCAAGAAGGAAUUUUGUUGUAAUGGGAAUGUUGUACAGGACAAAGAACUUGGCAAGGUAAUCCAGCUUCAAGGCGAUCAGCGAAAGAACGUUCAGAGUUUCCUUGUCAAUGCUCAGCUUGUGAGGAAGGAUCAGAUCAAGAUUCAUGGUUUUUAGAAGCCUUUGCUGGUGGCUUUAGCUAAUCACCAUUGAUUUUUACUUGUGUGGUUUUACGGUCGAGGGACCUCUUAUGUGCUAUUAGCAGUUUGUUACUUCUUAAGCUUGUUUGAGUGUGUUUUAUUUUUACCCUUUGAACCUUUUUCUCUUUCUCGAUGAGAAGUUGUACUGCAGAAGUUUCUGUUAUGAUGGUAAUGGAUGUUAUUUGUUUAAAUGA